UGAAUACUGUGUUUUAGCUGGUGAACCUGAUACAACCUCGAAUUCAAAGCAUCUCUUCUAUAUAAAUUCAAGAAUAUGGUUUCUCCUUGAUGAAAUGCCUUAAACAACAUGUCCAGAACACUCCCAGUAGGGCAAUGCAGUCAACAUGCAGACAAUAAAAUCGAUGCUGCUAGAGGACAAGGAAAGACUGCACACCUAACCCCUCCCUUCUCUGCCCACCUCCACAUUAGGACUUAUAUAUCCCUUUCUUUUAUGGCUGUUCCUUACUUGCACUUCUUAUAAUAAUCUGGCAGUGGUAAUAUUUUUUAAAAUAGAGUUUCUAAAGUAGAAAUUAUGUCUGUGGAAGCAGCCUCAGAGGUAGAGUGCUUUGCUAGUGUGCACAGGACCCAGAGUUCAAUCAAUAGUGCUGCAAAGGUAAAAAUAAAAUAAGUGAAAGAUAUCACUAAAGGUAUACUGAUAUUGAAACUUGGAGUUCCAAAAAUGAGUGCUGUAAAUAUCCAAUUUAAACAAAUAUAUAUGUAUAUAUAAAAUGUAUAUAUUAAAAAUAUAUCGAGCAAAGUCUUUGGAAACCUAGGGUCUUACUGUUUUUCCUCUGUAUUGAUUUAAUCCUGCUAUUUGUCUGAAUAAUUAGUGGAGAUUAAUAGGACAGACUUUUCAAAUGCACCAGAUAAAGUGUAUUCAUAACCAUUUGGGUGUGUGGAGAGCAUUCUGAGAUGCAACAAGCUUGCAAGAGUUUAACUACUGAGUCCAGUCUUGCUCAAGAAGCCACAGGAGUGGUAGAGGAGGUAGAAAACAAGGAAGAAGAAAUGAAAGGAGGCCACACUGGUGGUAGUUCUGGCCCCAUGGACGAGGGGAUCUAUGCGGAAGGUGGUCAUGGCAGCAGUGUUCAACAGCAGCCUCAGCAAGAGGUGGUGAUGCCUGAGGGCACUAAGAGUCUCCAGGCUGGGGACAGGCUGCCUUUCCAGCGCAGAACCAGGUUCACCCAGUCUCAGCUGCAGGACCUGGAGCAUCUUUUCCAAGAGACUCGCUACCCCAGCUUGCGAGCAAGGAAGGCUCUUACGGGAUGGAUGGGUGUGCCGGAAGCCAAUGUGCUGGAUUGGUUUAGGACCAGGAGAACCAUUUUCAGGAGAAGCAGUAGACUGUUGGUGCUGUUCAAUGCACCACCUGGUCCCCAGAACAACGAUCCCUGAAGAUUUUUGAGCAGCACUUGAGUGCCACCUCUGUCCAGGAGCCAGAUGUCGUGGAGCCUGUCCCUGCCCCCAAUGUCUCGGCCACCCAUACUGGCCAUGACAUCUUUUUCUUCCCUGCAAUUAUUUCAGCAAUAAAGAGGUGGAUUGUCAGUUUUUUAAAAAAAAGAAUUUAACUACCUAGUUCCUCACCUUCAAGACAGCUUGAAUUAUCCUCCAAACUGUCAAUGCUUCCAAGGGCUCUUCACAGGUAAACAGUUUUCAGACCUGUUUUUGAGAACAACAUACUUUGUGUAUUUGCUUUUACACCUGUGAGUACACUAUUCUUAGGCUGGUCCUGAAUAGUCCCUUGACUCCAUAACGGAUGGCCUCUUACAGAGAGAGUUGACUUUGGAAGAAGCACAGUGUUCAAUAAACCCUAUGUAAAUUAUAAGGAACCAGAGUGGAACCCAGGCACACAGUAAGUCAUUCAUGAGUAAACCUUAGUAUGCACACAGCUGGAUGCACUGUAUUUUCGAUGAGCUCAGCUCCCUGCUGUGACUUAGAGCUAAUAGGAUACACAUUACUUGUUUGUCCUUACAUUGACAACAUGUAUGGUGAUCUUUUAUUUGUACUAAAAUGUUAUUUGUAUGUUAAUAAAUAAAGUUGCCUGGGGGUCAGAGCUAUUAGCAAGCCAUAGGAAAGCUGGGCAGUGGUGAUGCACGCCUUUAAUCCCAGCACUUGGUAGGCAGAGCUAGGUAGAUCUCUGUGUGUUCAAGGAUACAGCCAGCAUUGGAGACACAUGCCUUUAAUCUCAAUACCAACCAUAGAAGACCUGGAGGUCUGUACAGACAGGCAGUGACUAGGAGGUCAUGCAGUUGGGUUUACAACUGAUGAAAGGCAGAACAGAAACUCUAUAAAAAAAAAAAGACAGACUCAGGAAGUAGGUCUCUUUCGGAGAGGCAGGACCACCGUGAGAGGAAGGGUAAGGUUUUAAGCUCUUAGCUCUGACCUCUUGGUUUUCUUCUUUGCAUUGGUUCUGUGUUUCUUAUUUAAUAAGAUGGUUGGUUACAUUUACAAACAUGCUUAUAAUAAAUUGUAUUGCUGUAGAAACAUGCUAAGGAGCCACUGAAUUAAUGUUCCUGUUUGGUGGCACCAGCUUCUUCCAUCCAAACACAAAUGUCAAUGGUGCUUCAGAAUAAAAGA